CGCGCGCGCCGGCUCCAGCCGCUGGGAACUUUGUGGCGCGGGGCGCGGACGGCGCCGCGGCUCUGCCCUCAGCCCUGCCCUCAGCCCGGGCAGCGCACACCCGCACGGCCACGGCCCCGCGGGCCACGCUCGCCAUGGCCGGCAUCGGCAUCGACCACUCCAAGCUGCCCGGCGUCAAAGAAGUGUGUCGUGACUUCGCUGUUCUGGAAGAUCAUACCUUGGCCCAUAACUUACAGGAGCAAGAGAUUGAGCAUCACUUGGCAACAAAUGUUCAGCGUAAUCGUCUGGUACAACAUGACUUGCAGAUGGCCAAGCAACUGCAAGAAGAAGAGGAUCUGAAAGCACGUGCUCAAAUCCAAAAACACCGGAAAGACUUAGAGCGACAGGACUGUGAGAUUGCUCAGGAAAUCCAAGUGAAGCUGGUAUUUGAAGCAGAGCAGCGCCGCAGGCAAGAGGAAAAAGAUGAGGAUAUUGCCCGUCUCCUCCAACAGAGAGAACUGCAGGAAGAAAAAAAGCGCAAGAAACACUACCCAGAAUCCCAGGGACACGCAGUCUAUGAAGACAGCUAUUAUGCAGAAAGUGGAGAGGCCCCCUGGGGUGAGCCCAGGGAGCAGGUGUGUGAGCAUCGCAGGGCACGUGGUGGUGAUGGGCGCAGGCCCCAGCAGAGACAGCCCCAAGAAGCUCCCUCACCGGUGUCUGACGGUGCCCCCGCACACGGGCGUUCUGCCUCGGAGCAGCCUCGGAGGCCUCCUCGGCAGAGGGAGCCCAGCAAUGGCCAUCAGCAGGAGUGGAUAUCAGCCAGCCAGGGAAGGUCCAGGAGACAUCCCAGCCUUGACCUGGAAAGGAAGGCUGAGCACGAUGCCUCUGAGCGCAGCAAUAGCUGGGAGCUGCAUGAGAGGGGAGCAGCCAGCAGGGAGAAAGCACGGAGACCUCUCAGUCUUGACCUGGAGUCAGAACGUGGACUUGCAGACCAGCACAACAGGAAGCCAACAAGGCAAGAUAGAGAAAAGCACCUUCCACUUCUUGAGCUGGACCUGGAGGCUGAGCAGGAGAGCUGGCAUCGGGGUGGCAGCCAGCUGACACGCCCCAAAAAACACAAACCUCGUCAUGAGGGCCGCUCAUCGCACAGGACAGUGCGUGACGAGAAGCUCCAUGAUGCUGAAUCUAGAGAUGAUCAUAGAAGUGGCGAGGAGAGAGACUGCAAAAGGGCAGGACACAAGAGACAUUCCCCCUCCACACAUGCUGUGACCCAGGGGAGGGUCAGAGACUACCAGCGACACUCAGGCACUAAGUUGAGGGGGACAGAACCAGCCCUGUAUGAUACACCCCGAAGGGAACAGGAGUUGUCUGAUGAAGAGAUUGCUCGGAAGCUGCAGGAGGAAGAGCUCCUGGCUAAUGAGGCAGAUCAGAAGGCAGCUCAAGUAGCUCAAGAUGAGGAAAUUGCCCGACUCUUGAUGGCUGAGGAGAAAAAGGCUUUCAAGAAAGAGAAGGAGAGAGAAAAGUCUUCCUUUGAAAAGAGGAGGCAUGAUCAAGACUGGAGGCAUGAGGCAAGUGACUCCACACGCUCGAGGUCAAGAGAAGGGCCUGAAACUCAGCGACACAAAGGUGACAGAUCUUCAAGGUCACAGCCUCUCCAGGAUGACUUUGAACCCGCUCGGUAUUACUCAAGCCAGCCCAGCCCCUUGCGCCAGGUCCCCAGACCUGAGCACUCUCCUAGAGGUUCCCAUAGGAAACAGUAAACUCUGCUAGCCUUUGCUUUGGUACUGACUCUUCUGUAGCAAACAUUACUGGAAUUGCCAGGCAACUUUCUCGAUUCCUCACCCAAAGGGAGGUCCACCCUCCAAUCCCAGGAUCUUUUCUUGAAGUGUCAUCGUAAUAAGGAACAUUGUUUGUUUCAAUUUCUUACUUGUAUGUGAUGACUUAAGCAGUGCAGUAUAACCUAGCCGCCCCUGAGCUGUGUGGGUCAACUAGCUGACUUAACAGCUCCCUCUCACAUUCUUUUGAGACUUUCCUUUUUAUUUUUAAGCUUUGGCUGGAGCUUUGAGAAAUAGGACAAAUAGAGAUGCACGUACAACAGGGAGGAAAAUCUAUGAGCUGGGUUAUGACAAUGCAGCAGAAUGUCAGAAGGAAAAGUCUUUUCCAUAUUAGGGUGAUGCAGCAAAAGAGGAUAAUAAAAGGGAAUGUGUUCCUUCUGUGCUGGGUGAGACAGCUGAGCCAACCCAACAGUCAUUCUAGGUUCUAGGAGGGAGAGAGGAUCUUUAUAGUGUAUGCCAGCAAAAGCCAGAACCUGGGACUAGUGAGGAAGAAAUUGCCUAUAGAACAGAAUUUCUUAAGUGCCCUAUUUCUUUCUAGGGUUUCCAGCAAUCUGGGCAGAGUGUGUAACCAGGCAUUUAGCUCCAGGAUAUAGAACAGAACAGUUAAGAGGAAAUACAGUUUCAACUGAAAUUAGACCUUGUGUGCAUGACUUUUAAGAGAUGCCAGAGAGCUGAUGAAGCUGUGAGUUGUGGACGGGGAAGAAUCAUAAAAACAGAUUGAAAUGCCUGAAGGGACCUCUGUGGUCACUUGCUUUGAGCUUUGGUGUGGUGUAAGCCAAGGAACUUCACCGAAGCCAAGUAGGAGCUGCUGGAACUCUCAGCUCAGUUCCUGAUGUGCCUGACUACAGUAACAUAUGCCUGAACCUGCAAAUGUCUUGGAAACAUGGGGCUGACCAAAGGAGGGCUACGUGGGCAUUGAGCAUUGAAUCCAAAAGUCUACAGUUCCAGGCAACUUUGAGCUGGACAGAGAGUGCUGAACAGUCCCCACAAGGCCUGUGCUGACUGCCUGUCCUCUGCACUGCUCCGUCCAGCACUCCAGGCAGGCUCCAGUCAGGAUAGAACUGUUGCUCUCUGGGGCACAGCACAAUCUGCAAGUUCAAGUUUUCUGUUUAGAUUUUCUUUCUUCUUUAUUUUUCCUGAUUUUAAUGGCUUGGUUUCCCUCUCUUCUGAAAAUCACUCUUGCCUUGCACAAACAAGUAGCCUUUUCCCUUGGCCCCCUUGCAUUUUAAUUCUUUCAUCUUUUUAGCUGGAUUUUUUUUAGCUGGAUUUUUUUUUUUGGCCAUUUUUUCAGGUGCAUUUUUAAAUGACAAAGCUAAGCAUCUGGAUGCUGGCUUGGAGUCUAUUCAGCCAGUACAGGCUAGUUACUCAUUUACCAGUCUAGUUCAUGGCAGCAAGCCUGGCCACCUGUCCUUGCAGCCCACCUUCCUUAAUGCCCAACACCGAGUCUGUCCCAACACACUCCCAUCUUCUGUUGUCAGCCACAAUUCUGCUCUGGCUUUGCUGAGGAGAGGAGGCAGAGCCAUGACUGUACUUGGCCUCCCCACUGAUCUGCUUGGGAAAGGAGCUUUGACGGGUCUGUAGAGCUUUGUGGAGAUCACGUGCUGGUGUGGAGCACUGAUAGGGAAUUGGAAGAGAUCUUGGCUCUCUGCUCUUGCAGUAAAGCACAACUCAAGCUCCAAGGCAGCUGUGAGGCUUUAAGCUUGGCUGUGGCCCUUGGUCAUGAUAGUUACAGAGACAAAUCUUGAGGAAGACAAAGCAAAUCCUUGUUCACUGAAGGUGCAAGGGCAUGUUUAAUAUGAUAGCACAAGCUCUUGUCUUGCCUUGACCAGCAACUCACAAACAUCCAUCUCCUACCCCCACUGGGAUGUUGGCAGCAGUUCACCACCUGUGAAGAACCAGAUAAUCCCUGAUAGCCCUCUGCUCCAGGCAUACACUAACCAAAAGUCUCGUAGCAUAGGACUUUGUGCGUUGGCAGCAUCCUGUUAGCUGCAGACAUUUGCUUCCAGACUGCUCACCUGUGUGAAUCCUUAAGUUACUGGCAAGCUCUUGCUUGCUGCUGCUUCUCAGGAACUAUCCCAGCCAGCGGCUAGAUUUUACUGUCCUUGCCUUGUGCCCUCUUCUCGUUCCAUCUCUGUCCAUUCAGAAGUGUUAACAUUGUUUUAAAGGAUCCAGAAAAAAACAAACCAACAUAGACUGUAUUUUUUCCUUUUAGUUUGAUAACUUGGGCCCACGUGGCAGCCUCAUCUGCAAGGAUUUUCUUUUGUAAAAAUGUAUUUUUGUAUUUCAUGUAACAGUCAAAAUUUCUACUGCUGAAAAUGCCUUUUUUUUUCCUGGGGGUUUUUCCCCUUCAUUGCCAUCAGAGUGUAUUUCUUAUUGUGAAAUGGAUGCCUGGUGGGGUUUUUAUAUACUAAUACUUCUACAAAUACUCCAGCCCAGGCCCUGCUGCUUGUAUCAAUCUGAUGUACUUGUGAAAACUGGAUUGGGAAAAAUCCUGCCAAAUCAAAAAGUGAUUGUGCUCUGUACUCCCUGUACAUGGGGAAAAAUGGUGACGCUCUGCACAGGGCAAGGGGAAAUCACCAAGCUGGAAUUGAGCCCUCCCUGGCCCUGGCUGUGAUGGGCUUUUUUGCACUGCUGUUGGCCCAUGUAACUUCUAUCUCACUCUAAUCAGAUGAGUCACAAAGGCCCUGAGCCCCCUGACAUCUGACAAACCUGUUAAUUCAGGAGAUGCUUGGGAGUAUCCAAGUUGUUGAUUUCAAUGGGAGAGUGAGGGUAAAUAACAGGAGAUAGAACCCCAGAUGAUUUUAUUUGGAAGCUGGUUAAAGUCUAAAGAACACUUCAGUGCCACCCUGGAGCUGCAUGUUCUCCUUAAUGGCCUCCUGGGGCCAGGCAAGUUCUCCAGCCAUGGCAGCAAGAAAUGAGAGCCCAAGGGAGGGAUCCCAGGAACAUCUCCUGCUUCCCAGGAUGCCUUCAGCAAGUGCUGAAUGCUUUGUGAACUGCUUUGCUCUGUGGCCUCCCUUAGUCCUUACCUUUUUAUUCCUACUACCUUUAUUGAUUUGCUGUCCUUUGUGUUUCUUCUGUUUAAUUUCCCAUAGGCCUUGUGAAAAGAGGGUCUCUAAAGUUUUCUUGGAAAGGGCUGACACCUGGCAAGUGAGAAAAAGGUCUAGGGAUGUCAGCUGAGGAAAGCAGGUAUUAAAUGGGGUAUAAACAGAGCUGUUCAUCUCCUAUACCCUGUGGGCCUCAUGCAGAUGAGAGUCUUCCUGAGGCAAAGGUUGCAACUGGACUUCCAUGUUUGGUAACCACUUUGGAAGGAGAUGCUGUGGUCCCAUCGAAGUCAACAAAAGUUGAGUGAAGAUCAUGGAUAAACAAGGGAGCCAAGACAUCUGGGGGCUCAGCAGCCAUGGUCCUGCUGAGAGCAGAGUACUUGCAGCUGGUGUAGGCAAGAUGCAAGAUCAGCACCAUGCUUCUGUGUCCUUGGAAGGGGGCACAAUAAAACUGAUGUUUUAGAAGGAAACAAUCAGAGCAGUAUUCAUUUUUAUUGCAGAAAAAUGUUUCAAUAACUUUUUUUUCCCUUGUCAUGUGUCACAAAAUUUUAGUAGCUUGGUCUAUGGUUUUGCUCUGGAUUUAACAGCAUGUCGGAGCCCUUGCUGGGACCCCUGCGCAGGUCAUUCAGGUCUUGCAUCCCUUUCUGACUGUGCAUCGACAAGGCAACAGGCAAACCCAUCACCAUGAAACCCUGGCACUUCCUAGUCCCCACCGUAGGCACAUCUCUCCAGCAGGAGCCCUCGCCCCCUCCUGGCCUCCACCCGAAGCACAGUGGGCUCCAGAGGAGCGGUGGAGAGGACCUGAGUGCCUUACCCCCAGGGAUGCUGGCUGGCCUCAGCAGCCUGACCUGAGCCACCUUACUGGGAAGUACUGGCUGCCUAGGCACUGUGCAGCUGCCCACAGCCAGAAGCAGUUGUCGUCACGCCUAUAGAUCCAACAGGUUCAUCUCAUCUCUGUUAAGGAACUUUGUGGUUUUGAACUCAGCGGGGUGGGAACUGUUAGGGGAUUGAUGAAGCCUCAUCGUUGAAUUACUCCUGGGGACUAGAGAUAGAAGUUCCAAAUGCUGCAGUCUGCUUCACUCUGUAAAAGGGAUCUUGUAUGUACAGUAUUUUUAUAUCUCUGCAUUCCCACCUAUCAGGAUUUAUGACUUUCUUUUACUUCAAGGAGAGAGGACAAAACCCAGACUUUUACUUUUACAGUGCUAGACCUUUGUGCAUUUUUAUUUCGUGCCAAAUGACAGCCACUGUUACAUUCUAGUGUUUUCAUUCAGUUUAUUGCCAUAGAUCAAUGUGUAUAUUAUAUAUAUUUUUAUUACCAAGGUUUUUAUUCUUGUUCAUUUUAACCUGUAUGCAAACUAACUCUGGAUUGCUAAUUUAUAUAUAAAGGGGAACACUUGGAGACAGUGUGAGGAUUCCCCUAGUUUACACUCUUGUAAUCUAGCACAGUCAGUCCAUGGAACUCAUGGCCUCUAAGGCAGAAUGAUCUCCUGGGGGUCUGUCACCCCAAGCAGAUGGCUCCUGCCCUUCCUCCAGGCAGCACUAGCACUGCAGGGCUCUCUCAGGUGCAAUAGGAAACAAAGCACAGCUACAUAGCAUAGGCUGAUAGGGGGCAGAGCUCUCUGUUCUCCUGCCCCUGGCAGCAAUGCCAGGGAGGAUGAUGCAGCAGGAGUUCCCAUCUGGGGCUGACCUUGAGGUUUACUCUGCCCUGUCUCCGUCCCCAGCCCAUGGAUGGGUGGCUUUGUCCCUCUCUUUCAAAAGGCUCAGUGCUUUGUUUUGCAGUUGCUUUGGAAGGUGGGUAUGGGAUAGAGUGCUGAGGCACAGCAGUGCUGCUUGCACGAGGUGUACCACAGGCAGCCUGGCUUGUUUUAUGAGAAAUUCCUCUUGCUGUAUCUAACACAGGCCAUAGUGCAUUUCUGGCUCUGGAGGCUCUGGCCAUGCUGCACACAAGUGCUGGCUGGACUGUUGUGCCCAGGAUGGCUCCAGGACAUGAGUUUUGUGUUGAGAACCUGCAAUGCCCUCAGCUUCGGAGCUGGAGAUACCAUCAGCCACCUCUUCCCCAUGGGUUGCAUAAUGCAAGGCUUAUCUGUGCAGUUUGGGCUCUUCCAGGAGAGUCCCAGAGGGGACAGUGGUACACACAAGUGAGUAUUCUCUGCUUCAUGGUAAACAAGUUCCACUGUAUCAGUGUUCACUCUAAGUAUUAGACUCCACGGUGUGUCUCCAGAUGCAUCUGUGUACUGCAAUAUAGUUAAUUGCCUCAGAGGAAUAACUGCAGUUGUCUCAUUUAGCUCUUCAGGGUAAACUUUCAGCCUGUCAAAUCUAAAUAGUAGCUGUGUGAUGAGAAGGAUUAGUCAUCAGGCUUGAAUUCAUCAGAGCUGCAAGUGUACCCUGUGUUACAACAGCUAAUCCCUACAUGUAAGUUGUGCACUGACAAUAAUCUGUCUAUGCAAGCCUGUUUUGUUUUCUUCAUUAUUUCGACUGUUCACUCUAAUUGUACCAGGUUUGGCAUAGAACUUCUGAAUGGCAUUUAACCAAAGUAUCAUGUCUGUGUGUGUGUGUAGCACGUUUGGCUUCAUACCCCUCAAUUCUCAUUGAAUGUAAAGGGAACAUUGCCUUGCCCUAUUUAGUUCAAUAAACCUCUGUAUUUUGUUAUCCACCCCAUCCUUCUGUCCUUCUGUGUGCUUUUCUGCAAACACUGAAGUGGAUUACACAAGAGCAAGAAAAAACAAUGCUUCAUUCUGUCCCUGACUCCUGGAGCUCAGCUGCUUCUACCAAUAAUUAAGUUCUUCCAAUGUAAUAGAUGUAGCAAAACAACAAAUUGAUAUUUGAUUAUUUUAUCAUCAGAGAUGGAAAAAAAAAGCUGUGUAAUAUCUCUGAAAGGAUCUGGACUGUUUCAUUUCCUGAGAUUGUGAUACUGCAAAAUAAAGCAAUGUCAUUAUUUGCAA